ACGUGACCAUUAACGUCACUGGCCGGGCCAGCGAGCGACAGGCCCGGUCGCCCAGGGACGGGGCUGGCGGCGGAUAAUUUGUCUUCAGCAUGAACGACAGUGAUGAUGACGAUACACAAUUGUCAGCCCAUACUUUGGCUGCCCUGCAGGAGUUCUAUCUGGAUCAGCAGAAGAAGCAAUGUGCAGAAUCUGUAGAGGAGGACUGGCAAUUGAGCCAAUUUUGGUACAGUGAUGAAACUGCACAACGACUAGCCCAAGAGGCAAUUGAAGCUGCAGGAAGUGGGGGCAGAAUCGCUUGCAUCAGUGUCCCAAGUGUCUAUCAGAAACUGAAACAACUUUGGAAUGAAGAAUUCUCUACCAUAUUGUUGGAAUACGACAAGCGCUUUUCUAUUUAUGGAAAGGAAUUUUUUUUCUAUGACUAUAACAAUCCUCUUAAUUUGCACGAGGAUCUCCAGCCACACAGUUGUGAUUUAGUGAUCACCGAUCCACCAUACCUCUCAGAUGAAUGUCUCAGCAAGGUAGCACUAACAGUCAAAUAUCUGACAAAAGGAAAGAUUCUUCUUUGUACUGGUGCAGUCAUGGAAGACCUGGCAGCUAAGUUACUUUCUGUGAAAAUGUGUACAUUUCUCCCCAAACACAAUAGGAAUUUAGCAAAUCGAUUUUGCUGUUACACAAACUAUACUUCAGGAUUAGAUAUACCCAAUUAAUAAAUGGAAUUUAAGUGAAAAAUGAAUGGCUUCAUACUUUGUUAAUUUGAAAGGAAUUCUAUGUAAUGAUAUGCCCUAAGUGUUUGGUAUAUGGAUCAUCAAGACUGCUUGUGUUAUCUAUUACAAUACCCGAGGCUGCAGUUUGUAAAUUUAUUCCACAAAGAUAUUUUCAUUAUUUUGUAAAUCAGUAUAAAAAUUGAUUUACCUGAUGAAAUCUGUAAUUGCAUUGUGAUUGUCUAUUACUUCAGAUGCUGUAUUUGAGACAAUCCUAAAUUAGGAGGUCCAUUCUGGACCACAGUGGUUUCUUAGUAUCUAGACCCAGUAUUAUUUGCAUAGGUUUAACAUCAGAUGGGCAAGCAGUCUCUUUUUAACAAAAACAUACUUGUAGAUACAUAUAUUUCAAUCUUAAAUAGUGUCAGAAAUUGAGAUUGCUUACUUGUUUAGAGCACUGACAGACUUGGACACAUGCAAUGUUAAGCUUUGAUAUUAGGCAAUGUUAUCUAAAAGAUGAUAACUUUCCCUGAUGGCCCCAUGAUAAGAAGAUGUAGGAAUAGUCUUCUGACAAUUAUUGCAUCUGCCUUUAAUUACAAAUUGACAUCAUUGAGGGUGCGAUGAGGGUAAUAAAGUUGAUAUGAGUAAGAAUCUCAAAACGCUGUAGAGAGCAGAAGAUCAAGGAGCAAUGUUCCAACACCAACCCGUUGUGGGAUGUGUAAAUGACUUGCUUGUCUUUUAAAUAGAGAAGCUUGCACCAAAUCUUAACACAUUGGAGCUACUGUCAAAGUUGAUUUUGGAAGUCAAAUGGUUGCCUAAAAAGUAGUGGAGAUUGUAUAUGGUGAACCAAGCAGCAUCUAUGUAAUGCAUUUUCUGUAUUAAAGUUUAUAACAUGGACAGUG